AUGUCUGAUUCUAAUUCGGCAACAUCAGGCACAGGUGCAGCAGAAGAAGCAGUGCCGCUGGUUGGAGCAAUUUCUUUAAUUGGAAGAAGGAGUUCAAUGGAAGAUGAGAUAUCUGUUUGGCCAAAUCUUUGCUCCCCUUAUAUCAAUAAACAUCGCCCCAUUGAUUUCUUUGCUGUUUACGAUGGACAUGGUGGACCUCAUGUUGCUGGAUUGUGUAGAAAUAGAAUGUACCUUAUACUACUAGAAGAGUUGAUGAUGACGAGGACUAUCAUAAGUGGUAGCACCAGCAACAAUGAUAACAUCUCCCGUCAGAGACGAAAACAAUUGGAAUGGGAGAGGGUUAAGGAGGUGUGGAAAAGGGUGUUGAAAAGCUGCUUUGAGAGGAUUGAUGAUAUGGCUUUUGUUACGUGCUAUGAGUGUGGCAUAGGUGUUCCUUGUGGAUGCCCACCACAGAACUAUGGAAUAGGAGGCUCCACUGCCGUGCUCGCAAUUUUAACAGAGAAAACUAUUAUUGUGGCAAAUUGCGGAGAUUCACGUGCUGUUCUUUGCCGUGGUGGGAGAGCCAUGCCUCUAUCUAUUGAUCACAAGCCAGACAGACCAGAGGAACGUGCUAGAAUAGAGGCAUGUGGAGGCCAUGUUGAUUUUGACGACUGUGCACGAGUUCUAGGAAUACUGGCUACGUCUCGUGCAAUAGGAGACAAGUAUCUAAAGAAAUAUAUCAUAUCUGAGCCAGAGUUUAGCUUCACAAAAAGGGAAGCAGAAGAUGAGUGUUUAAUUCUUGCCAGUGAUGGUUUGUGGAACGUUAUAUCAAAUGAAGAGGCGUGUCAGGUGGCGAGAAAAUGUCUUCAAAAAGAAAAGCCAUCCGGUAGAGGAGACGUAUUCUCUUCCCCAAGCAGAGCAGCAGCAGCGUUGCUUACUCGGCUAGCUAUGGGACGGGGUAGCCAAGAUAACAUAAGUGUUAUUGUUGUUGAUUUGAAGAUUGACUAUAUUGAAGUUUAG